UUUUGUUUGUUUACGUUAUUGAAAAUUGAAAUAUGCUCUGUGUAGUGUUGGAAAAGGUUAUACUUUAUGAAUUUUUGGUCAAAUAUCUGGUCGUUGCUGGUGUUGAUGAAGUGACAAGAAAUAUUUCAGGUAUGAAGUAUGCUGACUGAUAAAGAAAAAAGUGAUUGUAAGGAUUUGUUAUCAUGCCUGUCGAUCAGCGACGUCUAUUGCCUGGUAGCCACUAUAACAAGUAACAUGGUUCAGCCAUGUGAUGUUCAAGAAGCCAUCAACUGUAUUCUUCAACAUACUGUAUCUGUAGAAAGUUUGCUGAUGAGGAAGAAAGUAUCAAGAGACAUGCUAUUUAAAUAUCUGCACUGUAAAAAAGUUGAUGUGGAUCCAACUUUGGAUAAAAAAGCCCUGGUGUCAAAAGUUAUCGAUUUCUGGGGUGGAAAUUGUACCGUUCAACUGUACAGGAACACUAGCCAAUCAAUUGAUGCAGACGAGCUGGCGGCGAAGUUCUCGGAGUGGUUUUACGGACUGCUGAACAGCUCCGUGAGCGGAGAACUUCAAACAGGAUUGGGGGCGGAACACUUCUGGCCCAACUGCAACUUGGCCCUGAAGCUGGAGUCUCCGGAAGGCAACUUGGAACAGUCGGUCAGAGAAAAUUCAGACGAAGCCGUGCAUUUGCUGUGCACCACUUGUGUCGGGCACAGACUGUUGUUCAACCCGAACCUGACCCGGGACGGUGUGAAGGGCAGGAUGGACUCGCAUGGCCUGGUGACCGUGAUAGCCUGCGGGACGCUACAUGUGGGCAGCAUGUGCGUGGGUGUGUUCGAACAGGCCUUCGGGCUGAUAAGGGAUCCUUCUGCACACAAUAACUGGAAGAUCAAGACUACAGAGCUGCAGAUGAAAGCCAUGUCUGUAACCAGUCUGCCAACUGUGCAAGCAGGAACAUUAAACAGUGAGCUAAGUUUAACCAAGUUUUAGUUAACUGGCUAGAAAGUGUUAAAGUUUGAGUAAGUAUGAACUUACAGGUGAUUGACACUAUGCUUUGUAAUUUUGUUUGUAUAUAUAAUAUAUUCUUAAGUUACAUCUUAUGUGACCCUGGCAAGUUAUUUAAAAAGUGAGGGUUGUAAAGAAUACAGUAAACUCCCAAUCAUCUGCACUAAUCAUAGGGAGCAAUGCCAUGAUUAUUUCAAUAUUAAUAAUAAUCAGCUACGAUAAUGGACAUGCAGAAGUUUUUCAGAGCUAACAAAGAUUUAAUGUUACUUUAUUGUAAUAUUUAUUAUGGUCAUUUUGUUGUUUUGUACAAAAACAGUACCCAAUGUGUUAAUGAAACAAAAUUGGAUGUCUUCUAAAAAAUUAUUACCUCAGCAAGGCAUGUACAACCUUUUGUUGCCAAAAGAAGCAUAAAUUUAACAUAGAGCUGUGCUAAAAUUAAGGAACCAGCUUGAAGUCAUCUUCAGUGGUUUGUUGUGAAAAAAAAAAAAGUCUUCUGAACAAAAUGUACCACUGGACAAGUGUACUAAUUAUUUCAGUAAACAAAGCGUAAGCAUUUUUAAUUUGUCUACGCUAGUUGAGUAUAAA